GGCUACAUCUUCUGGGGCGUGUUUGACAGUCCAUUCAUCAUUAUAACUUAAUUGGAAUGCAGUUUGGCCGUGCUGCAUGUCAUUCAUGAGAUUCAGUGGAGUUUGUCGGUGCCACGGGCAGAAGGAGGGGCUCUCCUCACCAUUCUUUCACCUCACGCUGGGAGACACGGCUGCAGUCUCUCUCCACGCCAUCCAGUCUGCAAAGAGAACAGCCUCUACAGCAUCUAUCUAGGCUUUUUUGUUGUUGUUGUUUGGUUUUGCAGAGAAGCAGAGAGGGGAGCAUUUUUUUUUUUUGGGGGCCGGGGCGCGUUACAUUCCCCCGUGGAUCAUGGACGUCUCACGGCCAGGUGACGCUCCCGAUGUCAGGGAGCACCUUCCAGCCAUCCGAAGCGUGCGUGGCUUGCAUUGAUCCCGUAUUAUCUGCCAUGCGUUCCUACUGAGGAAAAUGUGGGUCGGAAGCUGAAGCUUGAGCUGUAACGAGUGAUAUUUUGUUUUCUGUAUUACCAUAUAUUUGCUGAGAGAGAGAGAGAGAGAAAAAACCUAUUUAUUGGCUGCGCGUAUUUUCCUACCUCUCCGUUCUGCGUUUUGCCAUCCACAGUCUCCCACAGUAGGUUUUUUCCUCCCCCCCCCCCCCACACCUCUCUCUCGCUCUCUCUACCCACCAUAAUUUCUACGAUCCGACCAUGCUCCCCCAGUUCUUGCGACCAGCAUCUUCCAACCUUACUUAGCCAAUUCCCAUCUCGGGUCUCUGUGCGCGGUGGAGAUGGACGGCUGGAGCCGGGAAGCGACGGUGGGGGACGGCGCGGUGAAUUUCACAGCAGCCCACCUCUGGCUGGAUCUCCUGAACGCGUCGGGCCGGUGGGACAGCACCAGCAGCCCGCCCGCACACGGAACCGAGCUGGAGGAGCUGCAGCAGCAGGAGCGCCUCGUCCGAGAUCAAGCCUACCGGGACUUCACCACCACCGUCCAGGUUCUCAUCCUGAUCGGGUCGCUGCUCGGAAAUGCAACCGUGCUGUGGUGCACCUGCUGCACAAGUGUCUUUAAAUCAGUGACCAACCGAUUCAUCAAGAACCUGGCAUGCUCGGGCAUCUGCGCCGGCCUGGUGUGCGUCCCCUUCGACGUGGCGCUGGGAGCCAGUCCACGCUGCUGCCUGUGGCUUCACACGCUGCUGCUCUGCAAGGUCGUCAAGUUCCUGCACAAGCUCUUCUGCUCCGUCACUGUGCUCAGCUUCAGCGCCAUCGCACUCGACAGGUACUACUCAGUGCUGUACCCAUUAGAGAGGAAGAUCUCCGACGCCAGAUCUCGAGACUUGGUCAUCUACAUCUGGGUCCAUGCCGUCGUGGCCAGCCUGCCCGUCUUUGCCGUGACAAACGUCACCGACGUCUACGUCACCUCGUCCUGCUCGGAUGACCACGCCCGGUCCCUGGGUCACGUGGUCUUCGUUUUGAUCUACAACGUCACCACGGUCAUCUUCCCCCUGGCCCUGGUCUUCCUGUUCAUGCUCCUGAUCCGCAGAGCAGUCAGUGCCAGCCAGAAGAAGAAGGUGAUCAUUGCAGCCCUGCGGACCCCGCAGAGCAGCAUCUCCAUCCCUUACGUGUCGCAGAGAGAGGCGGAGCUGCACGCCACCCUGCUGGCCGCCGUGCUGGCGUUCUCCGUCUGCAGCGCCCCCUACGGAGCCUUGGUGGUGUAUCGUACCGUGUUUGCAGACACCAAAGAGCUGCCCGUCUCGCUUUAUCUCACAGCCCUUUGGCUCCCCAAGGUUUCCCUGCUCACCAACCCCGUCCUGCUUCUCACGGUUAACCGCUCAGCCCGCCACAGCUGCCUGGAUCUGCUGUCGAGGAUUCACAGGCGGUACAGCCGGCGCAACGUUGUCAGCACCGACGGCUUGGCCUCCAUAGGCGGCGAGGUGGUAAUCGGGGAGCCCGUGGGACUAGACACAGCCGGCCGCUCCGGCAGCCAGCUCUUGGAGAUGUUUAACAUUGGCCAGCAGCAGAUUUUCAGACCUUCUGAAGAGGAAGAAGAGGGCGAGGAUCCGGGGAUCGAGGUUCCCUCUCAAGGUGCAGGAGGCACCUCGGAGCACAAAGAAAACCAGAAGGACGGGCCGAGACUGGAAGGUCUUAAGGGUGAAGUGAACACGCCAAAAGAGCACGUGGGAGGGCUGGUUAUCACCAAAGAGGCCUCGGCGUCAGUCAAAGCAGCCCGGGCCUCGCCCGUCCACACGUGCGCGUACACUUCCUCGUCGCAGGUUGCGCCCGCUACGCCCACGGAAGCAGAAGACUCCCCGCAGUUCGGUUUCGGGCCGUUUGAGCUGCCGCCCCAGUGGCUCCCUGAGACCAGGAACAGCAAGAAGAGGCUGCUGCCCCCACUGGGUAACACGCCAGAGGAGCUGAUCCAGACCAAGCUGCCCCGGCAGCGGCCCGAACGCCGGAUCAGCAGGAACAACAAAGUCAGCACCAUUCCGGCUGUGGAUCCGUGAACUGAGUGCUGCUCGGUUUCAGUCUCCACCGCUGGAAACAUCUCAGCACAGGGAGGCCUCCUCAGCCAGCAGGCAUUUGACAAUAAUGGUUUUAUAUGGUUGGUUUGAACUCUUGAGUUUUUUUCCCCACCUGAUUACUUUAUGGUAACUCAGAUAUUCCACGUUUCUAAACCUGGAGGCGAUGCGGACGUCAUACUGGAGGACAAUUGGUUUGCUAUGAAAUGAUUAUCACGAUUUACUGAAAGUGACACUUUUACGACAGCUUUGACUGAUCCAGUUUUAUAAUUAUACAAUGUUUGAGAAGAUGGAUGCCUUGAAGAAAUAUCUCAUUGCACUUGAACUUUUUUCAGAUAUUGUCAUAUCACAACCAUGGAAGGUUUUACCCAUUUUUUCUUUGCAAAAAUAAUUCAUGCCAGGUCAGAUUGGAUGGAGAGUGCAGGUGAACAGCAGCUUUCAAGUUUUGCCACAUAGAGUCAAUUGGAAUUGGGUCUUUCAGGCUCUGACAGGGACAUUACUGAAUCCACACGCAUUUAUUUCCAUUCAUUUUCCUAUUACCUCUGACCAGCUUCACUGUGUCUGCUGAGAAAGAGCGUCCAGACAGCAUGAUGCUGCCACCACCGGGUUCUGUUCAGGGGAUUGUCUGCUCUGGGUGAAUUGCCGCGUUUUCUUCCACAUGUAGCGUUUUCAUACCUCCAGAGUUACCACGGUCCCCCUGACUACUUCUCUGAUUAAGGCUUUUUUUUGCCGGGCCAGUCAGUGUUAGUGGAAAACCACGGGUCAGUAACUUUUCAGCUGCCAUACUGUUUCCAUUUUCGGAUGAUGGAUUGGAACAAGGCUCUGUCAGAUGUUCGUGGACCCACGACAGGAAUUUUUUAUUUUUUCAUUUUCCUUAACUAUGAGUUAAUUUGUGCUGUCUAGAAUAGGGCUGGACGAUAUAUAGAAAAAAAAAACAUAUUGAUAAAAUUGAAAUCUUAUUGAUUGAUAUUGAUAAUUAUCAACAAAUUCUAAACAUGUAUUUAAAGCGCAGCCCUGGCUAUUCUAUGCUGUUGGUUAGUGACGUACAUACUGUACAUAGAUACAGAGCACACAAACAAUGAAUUCAAACUCAACCCUUUAUUCA